AUGGCCGAUCUUCAGGCAACCGUCGAGUUCGCGGUCGAGUUGUACAAAUUCUACAAUGUGGAUCUGUUUCAGCGCGGGCUCUAUCAAGUGCGAUGUUCGCUGCGCGUUUCGCCCCGGCUGCCGGUGCAGGUCGAGACGUGCCUGCCGGAUGCGGCCACCGCCGGCAUCCCGUCGGUGCAGUCCGUGUUGAACGCACAGAACGGUGGUGGUGCCGGUGCAACGAAUGGCAGCGGCGGAUCGAGUGGGACGCUCCCCGGGGGCAACGGAACCGGAACCGGCAGUGCCGGUGGCUCCCUGCCGAGCAGUAACCCCGGUGGUGGCACCUCGGCCGGAAGCAGCGGUGUGGGUGGUUGCAUAUCCGGUAGCAACGGGCACGCCGCCUCGACGGGCUCCGGCACGACGGUCAGCCGACCGGAAGGUGGAUCAUCGUCGGGAGGAAAUGUCAUGAGUGGCUCGUUGUCGUCGAUGCCGUCGAGCGUGAACACACCGAACUCGCUGGCCACCAACUCCGGCUCGUCCGGGAUCGGGACCUCGUUCGACUCGGCCAACGGACUGACGGGCGCCGGAGGAGGCGGUGGUGGAGGAGGAGUAGGCAGCGGUGCCGGUGGAGGUAGCGGCAGCGGCAACUCACCGACCGCCAGCUCCGAUAGCCGGUCCGGGGCGACCAUCAUCGACGACGCUGGCGCCUCCCGGGUCUUUCAGAUUCUCUACCGCAACGAGGAGGUGUCACUGCGUGACGUUAUCAUGUUCCGGGCGCACCUGCUGGUUGACAGCCGGCACCUGAAGGAAACGAUCGAGCGGGCCGAGUUCUCGCUCAACCUGGAGCUGUGGUUCGGCGAGCAAACGAACGGCAACAUUCUAACGCUGGCCUCGACGCGCACCCUGCAGCUAAACUUUCAUCCGGGCCGCGGUCUGCACUACCAUCUGCCGGUCCUGUUCGACUACUUCCAUCUGGCCGCCGUCAGCGUUGGAAUCCACGCGAGUCUGGUGGCGCUGCACCAGCCGUACAUCAAGAAAAGCAUUUUCCACUAUGUACAAAGCUGUGCACCGAAAUCGACCAAACCGUGGAUGGGUGGCUCGAAGCUGAACUGUCGCGGUGGCAACUCGCCAGGGCCGCUGGAGGCCAUCUUCUUCGGGCCACAGGUGGGCAGCGGGGCCAAGUGUGGCGGUGGCUCCGCUGGGCGGCUCGUGCACGCCCGCAACGUCCACCGGGACAUCUGUGCCUUGCUGCUGGGGGCGCUCGAGUCGCUCCGAGUGUCGCUGCAGGAAUUCUGCACGGUGCUGCCGCCCCAGUGGCAGGCGCUGACCGGGUCCACGCCCCUCUCCAACCUGGACACCGAGCAAAGACUGAGAAAGCUGUCCGAUCUGGCCAAGCUGCUGGACACGGAGGACGAUCUGGCGGCCCGGGCCAACUCGGACAUUGCGCAGCUGUGCGCCGAGUGUAUCCUGUACUGGCGCCGGGCCCUGUCCGCCGCCACCCAGCCCGCCGUCCACGGGUUGCUAGCGAAGAAGCACCACACGCUGCGGGUCCGUCGCUUCGCCGAGGGCUUCUUCGUGAUCGACAACCCGCGCCAUCUGGCGAGCGGGUGCUACGACUCGAACUACCAGAACUACGUGUCGAUCUGUGAGAUGGCGCGCCGCUCGCGCUACCUCUCCUCGCUACCGCCGCUGCCCGUUCACUGUACGCCGCUCGACGGGGAUGCCAACUCGUUGCCGCUGAUCUUCGAGGAUCGCUACACCGACGGGCACGAGCACGGCAAGCGGCGGUCGGGCAGUGAGCCACACCUGAACGGAACCGGUGGCGGUGCCAGCACGGCCAUUGUAUCGACUCUCUCGAAGCCGAACCCAGUCACCCCGAUGACGACGGCCAACAACCCGGGCAAAUCGCUUCACCAGCCCCAUCAUCAUCACCAUCAUCCGAACAAGAUCGCUCCGAUGAUCACCCCGAGCGUGACGGGGAAGGAGUGCUCCUGCGGGCUUGGGCCGUGCUACGGGCCGGAACCGAUGCCGAAGCUGUGCGGUAACUACAUGGGCAUCAUGACACCUCGGUACGCGCUCGGCGGGGAUAUCCUGCAGGCCAGCCUGACGAUCACGCCGGCGGCCGCGGCCUCACAGAACGGGCUGGGGUUGAAGACCUUGUCCCGGCACUCGGUGGCCACUCUGCUGGCCGAUCAGCCCCCACCCGGGGGUGCUCCACCUCCGAUGGCCGAUCAGGUGUGCCAGUGGGACCAGGCGUUCAAGGGUGUUUACACGGCGACCCCCGGGCCUCAGGGUUUCGGGGGAGGGGCCACACUUCCCACCCGUCACAGCAAGUCCCUCGACCAGCUCGAACUGGCCCCGACGGCAUCACUUCCCCGGGCUCACGUACACAGCGCGGCGCACAACGGAUACCACGGGAGUUACCAUCCGGCUGGUGUCCCGUCCACCCACCAGCCACCACAGCCCGCAGUCCGGCAGUCGAUCGUUUACCAACCCCCACAGCAGUACGCGGCCGGAGUGGCCCUCCUGCAGACACUGCCCAAAUCGAAGCCCAAAAACCCGGUGCAGGCGGAGGAUCUGCUGAAGAACAUCAACGAGUUCCGGGAGAAGUACAAGAACCCGGGCGACCCACGGAAGAUGCUGCACGCGGGAGGGACGGCAACCCACAACCCAACGUACGAUCUGCAGCAGGAUGCCCUGCUAGGGCUGCUGAAUGGGUACGGCCAACGGCAGACAGGCCACCACGGGGACUUCCGGCACGAGCUGAAACCGGAUCGGACGUCCCACGGAACGCACCGCUCGGCCCACCACAACCACUCGGUCGAUCCGGCCGCAGUCCAAGGACCGACGGCGACGCUGGCCACCUACUACAACUCGCUACCGAAGGGUGCCGGAAUGGGCGCCGGAAGUAAUGGAACCGCCGGUCUAACGGCUCCCCGGAGUUCGUUCCCGCCGGUUCGCAGCAAAAAGCAGCCUCAACCGCAGCAGCAGGCCAGUUCCUGUUCGCUGCCCACCAAGUCGGCGUCUAACACGAUCCCGCGUAGCAACUCGUCGCAGCAACUACGUCAUCAGAACGGAGGACGCGAGGCCCCUCCAGUCAACAGUGCCACGCUGCCGCACCGAUCGGUAGAGUUCUCGCGGAUUCGCGUGACCGACUUCCGGCAGCUGGUGACGGCCAACAACGGGUCGGCCGGUACGCUGUUACCCGCGACCACCGCCACCACCACCGGGCACUCGAGCAGCUCCGACAGCCCGGAGCUGACACCCCGGACACGCACCAAGCAGCGCCGCCUGCUGGCGUCGGCCAGCGUUCCGUUUCAGCUGGAGAACCUCGAACUGGAGCCGGUCGGCGGUGUCGGCCCGGUGGCUGGCCCCGGUACGGGUGGGUUCAGUGAGAGCCUCCCGAACCUGGCCCCACCACCGGCCGCGUUCGCUGGCCGUGACUCACCACCACCGGGGGCCACGUUCCGGUUGCGACGUCGCCAUUCGAGCAGCGAAUCCACCUCGUCCCUCAGCGAACAGUCCGGUUGGGUGUCGAGCAGACGGAGCUCCGGCCCGUCCAGUCCCGACACGCUCCGAAACGCUGACCAGCAGCGGGUGGUGAACGGGGAACAGCUUCGCAAGAAGCUGCUGAAGUUGCUGAACGAGCAGCCGAGGCCCAGUCAGCGUAAGAACAGUACGGUCUCGUCGACGGCCGAGUUCUUCGCACGCAGCAACCAAGGCUCGAUGAAGUCGAAACCGGUGGCGGCUCCGACGGCGGCCGCGGCUCCACCCGAUAUGUUCCGCGGAAACUCGGUGCAAACGGAGAACUGGAGGAAUCUGGAGCGUGACUGGAAUGAUACGCGGGCCCGAGCAGCGGCAGCCGCUGCUGCUGCAGUGGGUCCUGCGGCCAACAGCAGUGGGCCGUACGGGAUGGUGAGCGGGAAGCGAGCACCCGAAACACCGGCACAGACCAUCAGUACGGCCGACAUACGGCCACCGAGGCGCACCAAGAAGGAAAAGUCCAAGUCCGACUUUGACCUGGCGCACAUCUCGGACUACGUGUUCGAGGAUCUGCGGCUGCUGCCACCGCAACAGUUCCGCGAUGUGCCUCCGCCUCCGGACGAGUUCCGUGAUCCUCCGUCGCUGGUUGACGCGACAGGUCCGGUGUUGAAGGGUCGCGGUGCUAAAGGGUUGGCCAAGUCCGGCACCCUGAGCCUGGCACCGCUCAGUAUUCCACCGCCGGAGGUGAGGCCAAAGGAAGAGCAACCGCGGCAACAGGUACAGUACUACGCGACGCUCCCGAAAAGUAAUCCUCCGCAGGUGGUGGCCCCCCUGUCGGUCGUGUUUCAACCGCAGAUCAUUACGGCUCCGCACUACGCCACUCCGGUUCCGGUUGCCCAGCAGCAGCAGCACCACCACCCGUCGCACUACAGCAAACCCGGCCACACGAGGAAGACGUGUGAGGUGCAGGCCAUCGACAAUCCGCUGUACCACAUCAUGUACCACAAGACACCGCGGCCCAUCAUGAAGUCCCAGAGCUCGAACGAGCUGGCCGCCAUUGCCAAGUGUGCCGAGACGCUCAACAAUCCUGGCGGCGGCCACCGGACCAACGCCGGCGUCACGAGUAGCAGCGGCAACCUGGUGCAGCACCAACCGAUUGGCCCGGUGCACUACGGCCCACCAAACGCCACGAUCGAACGGAAAAGUUCCGUCCGUGAGAUGGCAAGCGAUCCGACUCCGGUGGCGGCACCGGUGCAACCGACGGCCGAAGAAGAUCCGGACGAAGAUCCGGAAGACCCGUCCCGGAAGCGGGUCGACCCGCCGAUGCAGCUGCUGGAGUUUGAGAAGUGCCGCGAGGAGUUCCGCAAGCAGAUCAACUACUCCGGCUCGAUCUACUCCGACUUCCAGCGGCUGGCGUCGGACAUGCCGUACUUCCACAUCGCCGACGAGUUCCGGGCGUUCUCGCCCGCUGGCCUGCACCUGGUGAUCUGCCUGCACGGUCUCGACGGCAACUCGGCCGACCUGCGGCUGGUGCGCACCUACCUGGAGCUGGGGCUUCCCGGGGCCCACCUGGAGUUCCUGAUGUCCGAGCGGAACCAGGGCGACACGUUCUCGGACUUUGACACCAUGACCGACCGGCUGGUGGCCGAGGUGCUGUUCCACAUCGAAACAUAUCAGCUCAACCCGAGCCGCAUCUCGUUCGUGGCCCACUCGCUCGGCACGAUCAUCGUCCGGUCGGCGCUCGCCCGGCCCCAGAUGCGCCCGCUCCUUUCCCGGUUGCAUACGUUUCUGUCCCUGUCCGGACCGCACCUGGGUACGCUCUACAACUCUAGCGGGCUGGUCAACAUGGGGAUGUGGUUUAUGCAGAAGUGGAAGAAGUCAGGCUCGCUGCUGCAGCUAUGCCUGAGGGACGCGGCCGACCCCCGGCAGAGCUUCCUGUACCGGCUCAGCCAGCGGAGCACGCUGCAUCACUUCAAGAACGUGCUGCUGUGUGGGUCGUCCCAGGAUCGCUACGUGCCACCGCACUCGGCCCGGCUCGAGCUCUGCAAAUCGGCCGUACGGGAUCAGUCCAACCUGGGCAUCGUGUACCGCGAAAUGGUGCACAACAUAAUAGCGCCCAUGUUGGCCCGCCAGGACCUGACGCUGGCCCGGUUCGAUGUGCACCACGCGCUUCCGCACACCGCGAACGCACUGAUCGGACGAGCGGCCCACAUAGCCGUGCUGGACUCGGAGCUGUUCAUCGAGAAGUUCCUGCUGGUGGCCGGUCUCAAGUACUUUAGCUAG